GCAAUUCCUUCGAUUAAACAGUCUCCAACCCCCCAUACACCAUCAUCAAAUACCAAGAUGCACUUCGUCAAGACUUCCAUCGCCCUCCUCGGAGCUCUUGCCUCCACCGCAGCAGCCCUCCCCGUUCAGGAGAACUCUAUCGUGGCUCGUGAGCCUUCUAAGGAGAAAUAUGCUACGUAUGAUGCUGCUCAAGGGGUAGAUAAGCGCCAACCCUCUAAGGAGAAGUACGCAACAUACGAUGCUGCCCAGGGAAUUGAGGUGCGGGACCCCUCCAAGGAAAAAUACGCCACUUAUGACGCCGCUCAAGGGGUAGACAAGCGCCAGCCCUCUAAGGAAAAGUACGCUACUUACGAUGCUGCCAUUGAACACGAGCAUGAACACGUACACGAAAAGCGUUCGAAGGAGAAGUACGACGCCUAUGAUGCCGCCCAGGGAGCUGAGAAGCGAGAGCCUUCCAAGGAAAAGUACGCUACGUACGAUGCUGCUCAAGGGGUUGAAAAGCGGGAGCCUUCUAAGGAGAAGUAUGCUACUUAUGAUGCUGCUCAGGGAGUAGACAAGCGGGAACCAUCUAAGGAGAAAUACGACGCCUACGAUGCUGCUCAGCACGAAUAA